AUGUUGGAGACAGAGCUUGGCAGGAAGUGGGACUGGUGCAUGCGGAUCCGAAGAAUGUAUCCAUUAGCUUUUGGUUCUGUCAUGGGGUUGGGAAUGGCCUCCAACUGUCAGCCUGAUUUCCAGGCUCCAUAUCUUCUGCAUGGAAAAUACGUCAAAGAGCAGGAACAGUGA